UUGGCCCGUGGUAGUUUGACCUCGCGGACAAACGCAAGGCCGUCCGAAUAGUAAACGAGUGAUACCCGUACAUUUGCACUGAAUAAGCUAAUUCAAAGUUUGCGCCGAGAUACAGUAAUCUUUAGAUACGUAUCACCACCGAUCGGAACGUUAAAAUCAGUUGGAAUCGCGCAGUAAAAGUAAACAGUAGAGUGCGAGCGAGGAGACAAUAGAAAGAUAACAAUAGAUAGACAAGUUAGGCUAGUAGACGUAGACACAAAUUGUCACAGUUUUCGCUUAUUAUCAGCUCCUAAUACUAACUAAUAAUUUCUUCACUGCUUUAUAAUUCUCUGCUCCAUGCCCGGCUCAUCAUCCUGCCCGGAAGUCAGCGAGAGCACUCCUACCCUCAAAACAGCGGUGUGGACAUGCCUGCGAUAAAGUAUCCACUUUCAUUUCGGUUCAAUUGACACACUUUUCUUAUUUAUGUCUCGGUAAGAAAGUAGGUGUAUUGUAUCGUAAAUAAUACUUUCGACGUUUCUUGAACGAAUUCGACGCGUUUCUUUUCAGUACUAUUAAACUGUAAUUCCUUGCUAGCCUCCGCGGGAUUACGAUCGGUCUCCAGGAAAGUUAGCUCGAUUUUCCGCUCGAGUGCUUUAUCAGCGACGAAAAAAUGUUGUUCCGGAAGAUCGAGAAAGUGGAAUUUUCUCUUUUCUUGCGAUAAGUCUAUGAUUAACAUAUUUCUUCUUCGAUUAUCACCUUGGAUUUUUCUCUGAAUUCUCUGAUAGUCGAAUAUACGCAAGCGACGUACGUUUGUUCAUCGAUGAGCACAAACGGAGAGCAAUCACCUUGAAAAAUCGAUUUGAGAAAUCCAAGUGCACACGCGCAUAGUCAUUCAUAGGACACGCGCCGAAACGUGUCAGUUUUGUUCCUCGGUCGUUUUGACAUGUACUUCUGAGUCAUCGAAUCAUUUCCAUUGCCAUUUGCUUUAACCAUAAAUGCAAUAUUUAUCGAAGUGUACAGUCUGUUUGUCUUCAGAGAAUUGAACGGUCUGCUUUUUAGAGAUUAUUAGAGAUCGUAAUAAAUUCUGUUGGCUGUUUUAAUUGCUUCGUUAAAGUGAUGCAAUUGGAUUAAUAAAUUAGCGUUGAUUAGAAUCAUCUGUACAUACGGAGUAUCACAAAUAGUUAAUGGCAGACUGUACAAGCCUGCAAAAAACCUGUUCUUCGCCAUGUUGUCGGUUGUGCGAUUUUUUCAUGCGCAGGAGUUAAUUAUUAGUACACUUUUUGGCAGAGUGAACCUACUGCUCUUUCUUAUACUGUGACUGUAUUAUACUCUGUGCAGCAGUCCCUUAUUUGUGGGAAAAUAAACAACAAACUGAACUUUGCAUUACUUUACGUAGAGAAAAGGUCGACUGCCAAGCCCGCGAAUUUUUUUCUUCAAGAAUAAAGGUUGGCGCGAUCUCUCGUAAGGAUUUGUGAAAACUUAUCGUUUCUUCCUGGGCAACUGUGGUUAUGAAUUGUCAUAAUAAAAUAUUUAUAGAGAACGUGCAACAUAUUGAAGGUAUCAGAUUAUAUGAUUCCGAAUGCAUCAUAUUUUCCCGUGAUGAUGUAAGGCACGAUAGUUGCAUCUCUUGGUAAUCGUGACAUCGUUUUAUGAGUGCGGAAAGUGAUGCGAAGAAGGCUUGAAACAACGCGAAGGUUCAUCUAUCCAUCGUUCCCUGUUGUCCCUUUCACUGCGAAUCGACCGCGUGGGAGGCUUACUCAGGAUCUCAUAGUAAUUUCAACCCGAGCUAGUCUUGGCUCGCAGCUCAGCCUUCACCCAAGUGCCUGCGCCUGCCUCGCGCGGACAGUAAUCUGACCUCAUAAAUUAAUUGCGGAACCACUAAUUUAUUGACUAAAAGUGACUCCAUCUUUUUUCCACGAACUCUCUUCUGCGAUUUGGACUAUACGAGACGCAUAUAUUUCAAUUAAAAUUGAGUGAAAUGUUCUUGUAAGGAAAAAGAAUAGAGUGUGUUUGGCAGCAACUAUCGGGAGCUGCUUGUUAUGUCCUUCGAACAUCUUAAUGACGUUAAUUAUGCCAAUUAUCGCGUUGUUAAUUAAGCAGACAAUCGAAAGAAACUAAUGGGACGGUUCACCCAAGAUUGAGUUACGAUCAAUGAGAACGGCGAUCUUAUCGAUUGCACGUGAUCGGUGACAGCCUAGUAACGGAAACUGGAUCAGUGGUUUCCCAAGAGAUCGAAAAAUCCAGAGCGGCUCGUACGAAGAGGUGAGGGCAAGAAAUAAGUGAAACUGGUGUCUGAGAAAAUCCGCGCCACGCCGGUACACGCGCGCGCAACGAGAUAAUUGCAUCGCUUCAGCCGUUGUUGCAUAAUAUUCACAGGCAGAAGGGAAAAGGAAAAAAAAAAACAGUUGUAGCAACGACAGCGCGUUAGGUUGUUAAACCUAUUUACCGUUUUGCGUUCACGCUGAUUGGAUACAGCCGCGGUUGUGCGGCUCUUCUUUCUACCUGAACUAUCGUCCUCGUUCCAUUGUUGGAAACGAAUUGCACAAGCGUGUCGCUCUCGCGGUGUCCGCCGAGACUCACGGAGAAAUCCACGCGACGACGCGAUGGCGGGACGAAGAUUUCAAUUAAAUUCAGCCGGUUAGCAUAAUUGACCGACUGCUCGCUUCUGGUUGCCCGGAGAUCGUCGUCGAUUUGGCCUGGAUUAACGUUCCAGCCAAUUCCGCGUUACGAACUGGGAUAGUCAAACCAGUCUCCGAUUUAUCGCGAGGAUCGUUCGUUUAAUUCGUGCGUCACGUCUCGUAGUUCGUCCUCGUCGCAGAACUGUUAUUUUUCCGGUCACUUGGUAACACCCGGUAUAUUUUCGUUCACGGUCAAGUGCCUUCGGUUCCGAAGCAACAGGAAGUGCGAAGCAAUUUCCGUUCGGAGGGAUCCAAGUUGAUAUUUCAUUGCGCGUAUACAUCUGUAAAAUUGAAUGGUAUCGGCGAUGGAUCGUCGCGGCGGGUGUAUUGAACUUUUUAUCGGCGUCUUCAAAAAAUACGUCUGCCUACCGUAGUUGGUUCUAGUCGGUUCGCGUGACCGAUUCGUGAGACCGAUUGCAUAAGACAAUGAUGCAGAACGUGUACGUGAUAAAGGUGAAAACGAAACCACCUUUGUCUUCCCUAUACCCGUCGGAACGACGAUAUUCGGCAUCGACCGUGGGAGGCCUGUCCUUCGUUCACUUUGGCCUGGGUGCGCUUUCCCUCCUUCUAGGCAGCCUGGCUUUAUCUCUUCAAGGUCCAGUACUAUCGGUCGCGUGUUUGAUUUCCUUCGUGACCGGGUUGCUAGCUUGGAGAAGAUGGUACAUCGAUCGGAACAUCGCAAUCUUCUUCUACGGAAGUUUAUUCUCUUUGAUAGCGGCGAUCCUGUGUUUUAUCGCCACGGUGUUUGAUAUUGCGGCAGCGGUAGAGAACAGAGAUUCCUUUUGGUCCAUUUUGAAACAGAGAGAUCAUCUUGAACUCGAGGAAUAUCUUGGAAACGAUAUCUUGCUGAAUAAAACGAUGUCGUUCAAUGAAGAUGCUUUCAACCUCAGUAGAAUCAACGACCAGACUUCGAGGGUCCAUUUUUAUGCGCCUACACCUGGAAUUACAUUUGACAACAUGUCUAACAUAUCUGGCUACAUUUUGCGAACAUCGACCACUGAUUCUGAAGAGAUCGAUGUCGGAAACUCUAGCAGAAUGCUCGCUGACGUUAAUUUUGGAAAUGGAGGAACGUCGCUGGAUCUGCAGAAUAUCACCGGAAAGUCCUUGGGAAUAACUAGAAACAAAGUGAUGUCACUCGGUCACGAUGAUCAUGUUAAGUCGUCGCACAGUAAAAUCUUGCUUACUGUGAAUGUAUUAGUAGCAUCCCUUCUCGAGGCAUUUUGGUCAGCUUUGAGCGCCAGGAUAGCGUUACGAGGGAUGAUGAACCGAUUGCCGGAAGGUAGUUACGUGAACGGAGCAACCGGGAAUACGAAGUCGGAAAGAGCGAGGGCAGGAAAGAGAAAGCCACCAGCACCGAGGCCGGAUAUCUUGGACCACGAUCGGAGAUUAUCGGAAAGCUUGCAAAAUUUGACUACAAUGCACGGCCUUAGAAAUUCAGGACCAAGGUUACCUCUGCCAGAAUCCAGCAGAGAAUUCAGAGAAAGGGUCGAGAGGUUCCUGGCUAAUCAGGCAGCGCACCGUGUUGUCGAAGAACCGUGCUCUUGAAAUUAAAAUAUCGAACUUUAAACAGGACAAUGAGACUGUGCUGCGAUCGAUGUUCAUUUUUGACCGGUCACUUUCGCUUUGUGUGUUGCGAUAGCGCAUCUGCUAAAGGAUUAAAAUGUAACAUCCGCAACUUGCAUUCUUUGAUCUCAGAAUGUAUGCAAGUAUCUAAUGCAUUUACGUAAUCGUAAUA